UAGUUGUAUCUAUUCCAUCACGAUUCACGAUGACUUGUAGGUUCUAUCGUUCUGCUUUGUCUCUUGCCAUCUGAUCUUCGAUUUAAGAGUUAAAAAACGAUGAUGUGUUACGGGAAUGGGACCUAGGAGAGGACUCUUGCGAAAGAAAUCUCAUCUGGGUUCUGAAAACUUCAUUUGAGUCUUUCUAGGUUUGAUCAUGGAAAGCGAGAAGGCACCAAAGCAAUCCGAUGGAAAACGGGAGAUAUCUGGACCUGGUUUGGCAUGGGAACUGCUUCCCCUUCAUAUGUGGGAUAAUAUCCUCGCACGGCUUCCGAUUUCGAGCUUGUUCAGGACAAAAUCUGUCUGCAAAACAUGGAGAAAUAUAAUCCAAUCAGAAUCUUUUCGUUCAUCUUACAGAUUGGUAAAUCAUCAAGAAUCUUACUUCGUGCUUUUUGCAGAUUUCAACAAUCAAAAGGUUGCUGCUGCUUAUAAUCCAACAGAGAACAAAUGGGUUUUGAUUUCUCUGUCAUUUGUAUCAUCUUCUUGCCCAAGCACAUGUUGUAGGCUUCGUCGAGCUCUUGUCUCGCAUGAGGGUCUCGUUCUUGCCGAAGACGAAAAGGGUUCCAUUGUUGUGUUAAAUCUUUUCACCCAAACUCACAGAGUAUUACCUCCCAUGUUGCCUAUGAUUUGGACUCGAGUACUGGCUAUAAUUAGUGAGGGGAACACUUCUUACAAGAUAGUUGCAGUUAGUUCUGCUGUGUGGGAUAGGAUUGGUUCACAGGUUUAUGAUUCAAGAACGAAUCGUUGGGAGGCAAAGGAUGAGGUUGAAGUGAAAUAUGCGAACUUUGAGAGUGCCGUUUAUUUGGACGGGUUAUUGUAUUGCCUGAAUAUCCGUGAGAAGCUUUUCGCAUUUGAUUUGGAGAAAGGUUCAUGGCACUUUGUGGAUGUGAAGAUGCCUCCUUUGAUCAGUUCUCGUCUCUUGGUGUAUCAUGGGGAUCUGCUUUUGGUCGGAGGCCAUGUGGAGUUUGGAGUGAAGUGGGGGAUUGGCAUUUGGGAAUUAGACAGAUUGGCUAAGAAAUGGAAGAGAAUUUGUUCCAUGCCUGAUCAUUUGUUCUGUAAGUUUGGUCGUGGUGUCAUUUAUGAGUUCCUCACUGUUGAUUGUCAUGGCAAGAUUUGCUUCAAUACGAACACGUCAACUGAUGUUCUCAUGUAUGAUCUUUUGGAGAAUAAUUGGGGGUGGCUUCCACGCUGCCCUUUAGAGAAUUCUCAGAAUAAGCUCUCAUGGUUUGGCCAUGGAGUGGAACCUCGGAUUGAUGAGCUUGUGUGAUGUAGCAUCGGCUAUCAAUAUUGGCCUGAAUACCAUGACUGUCUCUGGAGGAGUUGAUGGAAUGGAUCAGUAUAUUGAAGUUAGAUACCCGGCCAAAUUUGUGCAAGAAGAUGGGAGAAGACAAAACCUCCUCUUGAAUGCUUGUAAUUUUGAAGUUAGAUGGGUAUGACAGCUCAGUCCUUCAAUAUUACUCUGAUUAUGGUGUUUAAUCCAA